AUGUAUGUCAAGAUCCUUGCCCUGGCAGUAGCCAUGGCACAUUACAGAGCCAUGGCUGUUCACGAAGUGUGCAGGACAGCAGAGGUGGCCGAUGUCCUGUUCCUCGUGGGGCAAUCCCAGGGUGCAGGGAGAGAGAGCUCCCGACUGCUCAAGGACUUCAUCAGCAGCGUGGCCCGCUCCUUUGAGAAUGUGGUGAUGGGCAAAGGAGGCAUCCGGCUGGCAGUGGCACUCUAUGGAGAGAAACCAAGGAUGUGUAUUGAACUGACAGACUAUGUGACCAUCGAAGAAAUGCUGGUGGCAAUUCAGGAAAUUUCAAUCAAAGGCAAUAGCUUGAAAGUGGGGUCUGCCCUGGCAUUUGCAGCUCAUGCCAUGUCUCGCCCAGAUACACUGCGAGAGGAUGCAGCAAAGGUAGUUGUUUUGAUCACAAGUGGGAAAUCCAGUGAUUUGGUUGAAGACAAAGCCCAAGUCCUGCAGGAUGCAGGAGUGACCGUGUUUGCUGUAGGAAUUAAAGAUGCUGACAAGCAUGAACUGAACAAAAUAGCUUCGGAACCCACAGCAGAGCAUGUGAUUUAUGUUGAUGACUUUCACCUGCUCCACAAUGCAGCCCAAAAACUCUCACGAAGGCUCUGUUUCACUGUCUCAGAGCCCCCACGGCCCAUCAAACAACCUGUGCAAGUUGAGAAGAUCAUCGGCCCCCGGGAUCUGCGUGUGAGUGAGCACAGCCACAGCUCUCUGAGGUUCACGUGGAUGCCAGCUACAGGGAGGGUGAUGGGGUACCGUGUCCGUGUGUAUCCCUUGUUGCCUUCAGGACAGCCAGUUUUGGAGGAUCAGCAGCAGAUUUUGGUGGAUGGUGACAAAUGCACUGUGCUGGUGACUGAUCUGAAACCCAACACCAAGUACGUCUUCACAGUGAGAGCCGUCUAUACAGAUGCCCUCGGAGAGUCAGCAGCAGUCAAGGGGAAAACCACACCAGUGCCUCCAGUCACUAAUUUCCGUGUGAUUGAAGAAGGACUUUUUAGCUUGAAGGUUGCUUGGACUCCUCCCCUGGGCAAGCUGGAAGGCUACAAAGUCUACAUCCCUGGAGCCAACAGACCUGGAAUGACCUACGAGUGGGUUCUGCAGGGUGAUGUCUCCUCCCAUGUGCUAGAUAACUUGCAGGAGGAUAGAGAGUACAGCAUCAGCAUCUAUGCAGUGUACCCCCAGGGUCCAAGCCAGCCCGUGACUGCCAUGGGGAGAACAUUGAAGCCCCUGCCUGUGAGGAGCAUCUUGCUGCAGAAUGAGACCACUGAUACACUCCAGAUGCGGUGGAGCUCUGUCCGGGGUGCAACGGGCUACAGGCUCACCUGGACAUCAGCAGAUGGCAGCAUCCAGGAUGUGAACCUCAGCAGCACCUACAGCUACUACAUGAUCCAAGGGCUGCAGCCUGGCACAGAAUACACUGUCACCAUCAACCCCAUCUUUGGAGAUGUUGAGGGGCCAGUGGUGAGCAGAAAAGCAACCACAGUGGCUUCAAGCACUGUGCAGAUGUUGAAUGUGAGUGAGAUAUCCACCAAUGCUGCUCUGGUCUCCUGGGACUCAGUUGCUGGGGCCACUGGCUACCGAGUAGCUUGGGGUCCUACACCAGAAUUUUUUGGGAAAGAUCGACCUCGGCAGCUGGCCCUCAACAAGUCAAUCACAACCUACCAGCUCCGCAACCUGGCCCAUGACACCGAGUAUGUGAUUUCCCUCUAUGUGCUCUUUGGCUCAGUGGAAGGACCAGGGAUCACAACCACAGCCAAGACAUCUCCUCUUGGCUACAUCUCCAAUUUCAAGGUGACAUCCUACACCAGCUCAAGCCUGUCUCUGGCAUGGAGCAUCAUGUCGGCUGCCACCAAAUUCAAAGUCACCUGGAGACCUGUGGGAGCCAGCAAUGAAAAACAGGUGGCCAAGACUCAGUACCUGGGCAGCAGAUUGUUGGCUCACCAGAUUGACCACCUGUUGCCUGACACCCUGUAUAAAGUCAGCAUUAGGGCUGUCUUCAGCAAGACUGAGGGGCCAGAGGUGACUCUGACUCACCGCACAGCAUCUCUCACAGACUCCAGCCCCAUCCACACCAUCCAAGAUCUGAGGAUUACCAACACUGCUAUCAAUACUUUGAAGCUGUCUUGGAGGAGGCUUCCAGAGGCAACUCACUAUAAGAUAUCCUGGGUACCACUCAGAAGUGGCUUGGAAACCUCACAGUUAGUUGGAGGUGAGAGCAACUCAUUCACCAUCCCCAAGCUGAAGGAGAGCACCACCUACACCAUUGGUGUGUCUGCAGUGAUUGGAGGACAGGAGGGAAACCCCACGCUCCUCACAGCCAAAACUUUGGAUUUACCCAAAGUGACUGAGUUCACUAUGCAGGAAGCUGCAGAGACCAGUGUUUUGCUGACUUGGACUGCUGUUCCUGGAGUAUCCACAUACCUACUAACAUGGCGCUUGUCCUCAGCUUCUGAUCUUUCCCUGGAAGUGCUACCAGCAGCUUUGAGAUCGUAUCGAGUGACAGGACUGAGCUCUGAGGAGACGUAUUUGUUUUCCAUAAGACCAGUCUUUGGAGAUAGAGAGGGACCAAAAACAACACUCGUUGGGCAAACAGCUGGACCUCACGGCGAUUCACCUCCACUGGUCUCUCCCAUGACUUCUGCAAAACAGGCUACCAUGAGAUCCCCAUCUCCAAGCAAUGUGAAGACCACUCCUCUUCCAUUAGCCACCACUACAUUACAACCAACCCCAAACACCCUCCUGUCAUCUACCACAGCUUCUGCACCGCUGACAGCUCUCCCUGGGCCAAUCUGUGGCAAGUUCAAAGCAGACAUUGGGUUCCUGGUGGAUGAGUCCUCAAGUAUUGGCUGGAGUAAUUUCAACAAAGUGAAGGAUUUUCUCUUCCGGAUCAUUUCCUAUUUCCCUAAGAUUGGGCCUGAAGGGACACAGGUUGCUGUUGCACAGUAUAGUGAGGAGCCCAGAGCAGCCUUCCACUUCAACCAGCACCAGGACCGCAAAGGUGCUCUGAAAGCUGUCAAAGAGCUACACUACCUAGGAGGCAACACAAAAACAGGUCGUGGUAUAGCCUUUAUGCUAAAGGAGUUAUUCCAACCCUCCAGAGGGAUGAGACCAGAGUUCCCUCAUGUGCUGAUGCUUGUGACUGAUGGGCGAUCCCAGGAUGAUGUGUUGCCACCUGCCAGAGCAGCCCAUGCUUUGGGAAUCCGCGUCAUUGCUGUGGGUGUCUCAGGAGCUGACCCUGCUGAGCUCAACGACAUUUUACUGCAGCAGAACCUCCAGAAUGUUUUCUAUGUGAGCACAUUUGAUGAGUUCCCCCAUAUCCUCCGAGAGCUAAUAGAAGUCAUUUGCUCUGACCUUCAGCCCUCAGGGGCCCCGCUGCCAUCUGGGGAGGUUGCCAGACCUGAAGCUGACAAGCAAUUGCCAUUUGAUGAUACAGACAACAAAGUACACCUCCCCGAUCCAUCACCAGCUGAACCAGACAUCCAGAAAGGAGUGGAGGCUUGUGGUCCCUGGUGUCUAAAGAACUCCAGGGGCUCACCAGGUCGUGGAGGUUAUGACCCAUAUGGGUUUACUAUGAAGGGAGAGAAAGGAGAGAGGGGUCUACCUGGGAAGGAUGGCAUUCCUGGACUGCCAGGCAGACCUGGACGAACAGGUCCUCCUGGUCCCCCUGGACUCAUGGGUCUCCCUGGCAUCCAAGGUGAUGUUGGAUCUCCAGGCUAUCCAGGACCAGUGGGGCCAAAAGGUGACAGGGGAGAACCUGGUUAUGUCUUAGGAGGAGUGGAGGUGAUUCCUGGCCGAAAUGGGCACCCUGGUCCACCUGGACAGAAAGGACAGCCAGGGGUUCCUGGGGUAGCAGGACCACAGGGUUUACCCGGCUUACCAGGACCACAAGGGCCACCAGGCAUCUCCAUCAAGGGUGAGCAAGGAGAUUCAGGUCUCAGGGGCCCUCGUGGAAGGAAUGGCAUCAAAGGGGACAGAGGAGGCAUGGGAGAGCCGGGGAAACCUGGCUUGCCAGGCCCUGUAGGGCUGGAUGGUGUCCCUGGACUGCCUGGACCAAAGGGAGAAAAGGGAGAAAAGGGGACGGCAGGAAUUGGCAUUCCUGGCACUGCUGGCCCAAAGGGGGAAGAAGGACAGCAGGGGGUGAUGGGCCCUCCAGGAGUACCUGGACCAAAGGGACUUCCAGGACCUCCAGGGCAGAAGGGAGUCCAAGUUUUGGGGCCACCAGGCAAGAAAGGUGUCAGGGGAGAUAUUGGACCAACAGGGGCCCCAGGACCACAAGGAGACAAAGGAAUACAAGGAGACAAAGGAGAGAAGGGAAGUCCAGGUUUUGGCAUUCCUGGUCAACCAGGGCUGAAGGGAGACACAGGGGACAGGGGAAACGUAGGCUUGUCUGGCAGACCAGGUUACAAGGGGGAAAUAGGUCCGAAGGGAGAGAAGGGUGAACCAGGAUUACCUGGGAAACCAGGCAAGACCGGCCUAAGAGGUAAAGAUGGAGAACCAGGGAAGAAAGGCAUCUCUGGGAUGAAGGGAGAAGCUGGUGCCCCAGGAGAACCAGGAGAGAGAGGAAUGAGGGGUCCACUUGGACUCCCAGGACGACCUGGAGAGCAGGGGAUAAAAGGCGACCCAGGAGAACCUGGAAAGGAUGGAAUUACUGGAGAGAAGGGACACAAGGGUGAACAGGGUAUGCCUGGGCUGCCUGGGACUCCUGGAAGUAUUAUGUCUUCUCUGGAGAAUACCAUCGCCCUGAAAGGGGAAAAGGGAGAUCGAGGGAAGGAUGGUUUGAAAGGUGAAAGAGGUCCUCCAGGCCCAAAGGGAGAGCCUGGUCCACCAGGAAAAGGAGUGGAAAUGAAGGAUCUGGAGAGACUUUUUGAAGAAAAUGGUAUCAAGCUGGCAUUGUUGAAGCACCUCUCCAACGCGAUCCUACAGGAGGGGCUGGAUUGGCUGAUGCAGCACUUGGGCAGCUCUAAGACCUCCAGGAGAAAGCAGGCAUUUCCAUACACACCCAAACAUGGUGGUUCAUUGACAGUUGAUAAUUCCCAUGAUGUCCUGACCAGCACUGGGGUGACAGAAGAAGCACAGAGUCUGGCAGUGGACACUCCAUUUAGGGUGCUGGUGUCUGAAGGACUCCCUAAGGGUCCAUCUGUUGAUGGUUCUGACUCUGAGCACCAGCCCCUGGGGAACACUCCUGAAUCAUUGGAGUCUGAGGAGAGAAGGAGGGAGGGAGACUCAAAAGGAACAAAUAUGUCUCUCAGCAAUAGUUUCUCUGUGCCCUCACCACAUCCAGAAGAUGAUCUGGAAGGAAACUUGUCCAUAGAGCUUCUCGAAUCCCUGGAGGAAAGAAUGGAAGGACAACCACAAGAGGACAACAGACUU